AUGACCCUCGACCCCGAAGCACUCUUCUCCUCAGACAACUCCACUGUUAGCGACGUUACAUUUGAGUUAAAUGAGGAAGAGGAACCCACGCCGCCUCCUCCUCAUCACUCAGCCUUGCCAGCUUCUCCAACAUGUCACCACUACGGCCCGGUCAUCCUUCAUGCCCCUUUGGACUCGGGCCAACUAGUCUGCAGUGAGAUUUUGUGGGAAGUGGUUCACAGCCAACAGAUAAACACAACAGCGUAUUCUCGUGACUGUGGAGACACUCUCCUCCAUGUUUUGUCCCUCCCUGUGAUUUGUCCUAUUCCUUGUCCCCAGUCGUCCCUUUCUCCUUUCUCUGUAGUUUUUGUAGUUUUUCUCCAGUCGUUUGUCCCUCAGCCUUCUUCAUUUCCUGGUGUUUUCCCUCAGUGCCCGUUAACUCCUCACACCCCCCCCUGUGGAUUUCUACCGGUGACUGUGCAGGCGAGCAGCAACACAACUGAACCAGUAGCGUCCAUCGCUGCGUGCCAGCACCAGGACAAUCUCAGCCAUGCUCCUCGCUUAACUGGAUUAAAGCCGUGUAAACACCGCUGCACCUCAGGAACGAUGCUGGGGAAGAGGAGCUGUGAGGUCACAUGUUUGGAUGUAAACUACAUCCCAGCUCCUCUGGACAGAGUGAAGAACCAGAACAGGGACGGAGAACGUUCUCCUGUUCUUCACCGCUGCACGAGGUCGCCUCACACUGAAGCAAAACAACCAUAUGCAUCAGUGUAUGUGUGCGUUUGUGUGUCUGCAGCUCUGUGCGCUGCCUCAUCUCUUCCUGCACAUAAACACGUUUUUAUUUACAAGACGAAGAGCUGGACUGAAGCUGAGAGUUACUGCAGACCGACGUACACAGACCUGGCCACUGUGGAGGACCUGGAGGGUGUGGAGAUGCUGAACAUCACGGCAGAUUUGAACCAGAUGAUCUCCAGCAGCUAUGCUAAGAACUGGACCGAAGCUCAGAGGUACUGCAGAGAAAACUUCAUCGACCUGGCGACGGUAGAGGACGUGAAUGACAUGUGGCUGCUGUACAGCCUGGUGGAUCUACGCCAAAUGUUCGCCUCAUCAUACACCUACGAAGCCUGGAUUGGACUCUACAGUGAUCUUAACAGCUGGAGGUGGUCCAUGUCAGACACCAACUUCUACCAACAGAACGACAGCUUCAGGAACUGGUAUCCCUCACAACCAGAUAAUAGUGGUGGAGACGAGGCCUGCGCAGUAUUCUCCGGUUCAUACAGUGGAGCCUGGACCGAUGCUUCAUGUGCUCUGAACUUACCAUCAGUCUGCAUGGAUGUCAGUGGGAGAAAUGCAACAUUUUACCUCAUCAGCACCACCAUGACCUGGUUUCAGGCUCAGAGCUACUGCAGACAGUAUCACACAGACCUGGCCAGCGUGAGGAACCUGUCCGAGAACCAGAGGCUGAUGACGCUGGUACAAAGUUCAGGAGCCUGGUUCGGUGGGAUAAGAGGAUGUGUGGCAGCAGGCUUCAAAGGCCCUGGAGGCUGGGAGGACUGGAUGUGUGACGCAGAGAAAGUCUUUGUUUGCUACAGCGGUCCCUCGCGAAGAGCAGUGAAGCUGAAACUAGUGAGGGACUCCUCUCUGAACCUGAGUGACCCUGUUGUGCUGGAAGACAUGCUCGGUCAGCUCAAACUGAAGCUGAAGGGUCAGGGAGUGAACAACGUCCAGCUGAGGUGGCGGGAGAAGCCCAACGGACAAGUCUUCUCCAAGGAUGAGGAGAAGAAUCCUUCAAAGGAAGUCAAGCCUAAACAUGAUUGCUCUUGAUUGUUCUGCUGUUUAUGUAGCGUGUGAUUUUUUCAGUUCAUCAUCUAUAUUAGGUAUGAUGUUUAAAAGUAGCAAGUAUUUAUCUAAUAGAAUUUUUCUAGGAUUUAUUGGAAAAAUAAAUUUCUGUACAGUGGUUGUAACGUUCAGGAGGACGAAUUCUUUCCUAGAAAGGUGUUCUUUCUUCCAUGUUAAAGCAUUUCUUCUACAUUAGGAUGCUCUUCAUAAUCUUUAAAAAUAUUUUUGGUGUGCCUUUUUAUGUUUUCUCUACAAAAUCCCCUUUAAUCCUGAAUUUUGUGUGAAAUUCAGCUCAUUGCGAAACAGAACUUUCUUCCUUUUGAUUAAGAGCUCACACCUUUUCUGUCUGGUGCCUUUUUAUGAGUCUUUACUAAUUAACAAAUAAAAAGCUAUGGUCACCACAAUCCAAAAAAUUCCUUUUUUGUUCAAUAUGUGUUGGAUAAAAUUGGUCAAAAAGCUCUCUGAAUAACGUCAAUUAUGUUUUUAUUACUAUUUUUAACACUUCGAGAUGUUCUGGAUGAUAUUUGCUGAAUGUUUUCAAAAUUUCUGCACAUUAAGAAAAAGUCAAAUUAAAAUAAAAUAAAAAGGAAAUGUGAGAGUGGAUGUUUUCUGUGGAGGAGUGGUGGAUCACUGAGGACAGCAGUGGUAGCUGGUGCUAUAAACGAUUUCCCUUCCAAAUCUACGUGUCCGAUUCAACAGCUAGAAAAUUACAGCAAUUCCAGAACAAUCCUUUACUUCCCUUGUCCAAAUAAGGCAUUUCACAGAUAAGCAAUUAUCAAUUUUACAAGGAAACGAUGCUAUUCUUACCACCCGUCAGAUAGAAAGGAGUGAGGGAUGCAAUGUGGCAACUGCAAUGGAGUGACAGU